UAAAGAGCUUAGCGGAAGCGUUAGGGCGCCAUUUCACUGCAGACUAGUGCAGUACAUAUCGUUGUCUAAGAACCGCCUCAACUCUGGGUGAUAAGGAUAACAAUAACAAACCGGAUCCACCCCGAUGGAGGCGGCCAUCAACCCAACCCGCGACAGCUCACUGCUGGGGCUGUCCGGGGGCGGGAUGGACACCCACAGCAGCUCCGGCGCAGGCAAGCGCAUCCGCAAGCCCUCCCUGCUGUACGAGGACUUCGAGAGCCCCUCACUGGGCCACUCCCAGCCUCAGGGGCCCACCAGCUUCCCCCAUCCCCCUGUCCGGGACCCGGGCCGACCAAGCCGGGUCACCAACCAGCUGCAGUUCCUCCAGAAGGCCAUGAUGAAGUCCCUGUGGAGGCACCACUUCGCCUGGCCCUUCCACGAGCCCGUCGAUGCAUACCGCCUGAACCUGCCGGACUACCACAAGAUCAUCAAGCAACCGAUGGACAUGGGGUCGAUCAAGAAGCGCCUGGAGAACAACUUCUACUGCAGCGCCAGCGAGUGUAUCCAGGACUUCAACACCAUGUUCACCAACUGUUACAUCUACAACAAGCCCACGGAUGACAUUGUUCUGAUGGCCCAGUCCUUGGAGAAGAUCUUCCUCCAGAAGGUGGCCCAGAUGCCCCAGGAGGAGAUCGAGCUGGCACCCCCAACCCAGCGCACCAAGGCGGGCCGGGGCAAAGGUCGCAAGUCCAGUGCAUCCAGAGCACACCAGGUCCCGGCGGUGUCCCAGUCCCUCUACUCCCCCUCCUCCUCAGACACAGAGUCCCUGCAGGCCAGCUCCCCCCACCCCGUGCUCACCAAGAGCCUGCCCCCUCCCACCAUCAUGGGCAUGCCCCCCACGCAGCCCACCACCAAGAAGAAGGGCGUGAAGCGGAAGGCGGACACCACCACCCCCUCCACCAUGGGGCUGCCCGUCGGGCUGUCGGCCGGUGCCCGCAUGGUGGGCCUGGGGAAGGGCGGGCACGGGGGCCAGAUCCACGACUCCUCCCCGCUCACCCUCUCCUCCCUGGGGGGCAUGAGCAUGGACGCCGGCGGGCCCGUCCUGGGCAUGGUGCGGGGCCCCGGCGGCGGGCCCGUCCUGCUCCAGCCCAUGAUGGUGAGCGCGGCGGCCGCGGCCCGCCGGGUGGGCAGCGGCCGGCCCAUUAAGCCCCCCAAGAAGGACCUGCCGGACUCCAUCCAGCUGCAGCCGGCGCGCCGCGGCAAGCUGAGCCCCCAGCUGCGGCACUGCAGCGGGCUGCUGAAGGACAUGCUGUCCAAGAAGCACGCCGGCUACGCCUGGCCCUUCUACAAGCCCGUGGACGCCACCGCCCUCGGUCUCCACGACUACCACGACAUCAUCAAGUACCCCAUGGACCUCAGCACAGUCAAGAGGAAGAUGGACUGCAGGGAGUACAGGGACGCCCAGCAGUUUGCUGCUGACAUCCGACUCAUGUUCUCCAACUGCUACAAGUACAACCCCCCCGACCACGACGUUGUGGGGAUGGCCCGCAAGCUGCAGGACGUGUUUGAGUUCCGCUUCGCCAAAAUGCCGGACGAGCCCCACACGGACCGCCCCGCCAUGUCUAUGAGUGGCCACCCUUCGUCGUCGUCGUCGUCCUCUUCCUCCUCCACCUCGUCCUCCUCCUCCUCUUCGUCCGAGGGCGAGCCCAGCACCGAGAGCGAGGACAGCGAGAGCAGCUCCGACAGCGAGGAGGAGCGAGCACACCGAUUAGCUGAGCUCCAGGACCAGGUGUGCACCCAGCUGCGUGCGGUCCACGAGCAGCUGGCCGCACUCUCCCAGGGGCCCAUGGUGAAGCCCAAGAAGAAGAAGGAGAAGAAAGAGAAGAAGGAGAAGAAGAAGAGGAAGAAGCCGGAGAAGAGGAGUCGAGCAGUGAAGGUGAAGGCGGAGGCGGAGGAGUGGAAGAUGCCGGGAAAGGCCCCCAAAAGCAAGUCCACCAAAGGAGGGGCCGCCACGGUCGGGAAGAGGGGCCCGGGCAAGAAGAGCAACAAGAACAGCAAGACCUCUAAGAAGGCCUUCUUUGCCCCGCCGCCACCCUCCUCCAUGCUCCCCCACUACGACUCGGAGGAGGAGGAGGAGAUCGUGCCCAUGUCGUACGACGAGAAGCGCCAGCUGAGCCUGGACAUCAACAAGCUGCCGGGGGAGAAGCUGGGCCGUGUGGUGCACAUCAUCCAGGCCCGGGAGCCGUCCCUGAGGGACACCAACCCCGAGGAGAUCGAGAUCGACUUCGAGACGCUCAAGCCGUCCACACUGAAGGAGCUGGAGCGCUACGUCAUGACGUGUCUGAGGAAGAAGCCGCGCAAGCCCUACACUAAGAAGGCGAGCAGUGGCAAAUCCAAAGAGGAGCUGACUCUGGAGAAGAGGCAGGAGCUCGAGAGGAGACUUCAGGAUGUUAGUGGACAGCUCAACUCUGGCAAGAAGCCUGCCAAACCCAAGGCGGAGAAGCCGAGCAACGUGGAGCCCAACAGCCAGCCGUCACGCCUCAGCGGCAGUAGCUCCAGUUCAGACUCCUCCUCGUCCUCUUCCUCCUCGUCUUCCUCAGACACCAGUGAUUCCGACUCGGGUUGAGGCUGUGGCUGCACCCCAGUGAGGACUCUCACAACCACUCCCCCCGCCCCAAAGAACGCUCAGGGACACGGGCUGGCCCAGGACACACGAUGCACCCUGACAUAGUAGUGGGCCCAGACGACCGCCUUGCGGCACACCUUAGCCGGAGCAGGCCAAGGAGGCCGUCGUCAACAGGAUGUUGGGGAGGGGAGGGGAGGCCGUUUGGAGGCAGGAGUGGAACUAAGUAAGAAUUCUGUAUGUAUAAUCGUAGAAACCCGAAAACACAAAAUGCCUUGGUUCUCCCUCCCUUUUCCCGUGUGUGUGCGCGUGCGUGUGUAAUUAGACGUAUAAGUGUAUGUUUCUUUUAUAAAGAACACUUUUAUUGUGCUCGCAUCAAAGUAGGAUGAUGAUGUUGGGAAUACGCUCAGUUCGGAGCUGUACUCCUCUCCAAACCCACCCCUUCUGACGUUUACUGUCCCCAACAUCUGUUGGUGGAUAGUUCUUGAAAGCAGUUUGGCAGUGCCCUCAUUGGAGUUUUGAUCCGUCCAUCAAUCCUCUCUGUGGUGUGGAGCAGCAAAACAGCUAAUUAAAGGAAGCCGUGGGGAGGGAUUUAUUUGUUCCUUGCCUUGUUUUGGUAAAAAUAUUUUGACAGAUUUUGUUUUUGGUUGCAUUUUUCUUUGUCCUUUCUGCUUAUCCUUAGACAUUCUGUCUGGCACUAAAUAGGCUGCUUGUUUAGGUUUUACUUUACAUUUUAAACGCUACCCCCAUUCGUCUUUCGGUGUUAAAAAAAAAGAUACAGUGGUUCUGUAGGACUGAAGUUUUAUGGGGUGUAGUGUAAGCAACUUUAGUUGUUUAGAUAUUUAAAGAAAAAAAAAGCAAACAAUAUCUGAUCACUCUGAACAUUUAUAAAGACAGUAUUAUU